UUGAUGGAUAAGCAUUGAAUAUAUUUAAUCAUGACCUUUUUGAAUCCCCCUAACCUUUUUUGUUAUUGUAUUUUUGUCUUGGUGAACUCUUUAUUGCACCAAUGGACUCUGGUCAGUAGAACAGGAACAGUUAUGAGAACUGGAAUUGCUUUUGUUUUUCUUCCUUACACCUAUUCUUUGCCCUCUUUUCAGGUGGUACUGCUUUUGUUUCUGGCAUUGGGAAAUGCUGGUGUACUUGAUGGAGGAUGGAGUGGUGGACAGUGUGAUAAAAAGAUAACUUUGGACCCUAGACCUCACAGUGUAUCCAUAUUAGAGUUUGGUGCUGUUGGGAACGGGAAAACACUGAACACGAUUGCCUUUCAAAAUGCGAUCUUCUAUCUCAAGUCUUUUGCUGACAAGGGAGGUGCUCAGCUCUAUGUGCCAUCAGGCAGGUGGCUUACUGGAAGCUUCAACCUCACUAGCCACCUCACCCUAUUCUUGGAAAGAGGUGCCUUCAUUCUUGGAUCACAGGAUGCUGCUCACUGGGAUAUCAUUGAUCCUUUGCCAUCCUAUGGUCGAGGAAUUGAACACCCAGGUGGAAGAUAUCACAGCUUGGUAAUUGGAUAUAAUUUGACAGAUGUGGUGAUAACAGGUGAUAAUGGAACUUUUGAUGGCCAGGGUUCAGUUUGGUGGGAGUUAUUCAACUCUCGUUCUUUAAACUAUAGCCGUCCUCAUCUUGUGGAAUGUAUUGGCUGCAAGAAUGUUGUAAUUUCAAAUCUCACCUUCUUGAAUUCCCCUGCCUGGAACAUCCAUCCGGUUUAUUGCAGCAAUGUGCAAGUUCAAAAUAUUACUAUAUAUGCUCCAUCAGAUUCUCCUUACACUGUUGGUAUUGUCCCAGAUUCUUCUGACAAUGUAUGCAUUGAGGACUCCAACAUUAGUGUGGGUUAUGAUGCUAUUGCGCUAAAGAGUGGGUGGGAUGAGUAUGGCAUUGCUUUUGGAAGACCGACAAAAAAUGUUCAUAUCAGAGGGGCUCGGCUUCAAGGUUCGAUGGGUUCUGCCCUUGCUUUUGGUAGUGAGAUGUCUGGUGGCAUCUCUGACAUCAUCGUGGAGGGCAUAGACAUACAAUAUUCCUUCACUGGUAUCGAAGUCAAGACUACCAAGGGCAGAGGUGGUUUUAUGAAAGACAUUCUUUUGUCAUAUUUAGAAAUGGAAAAUGUCUACAUGGCAUUAAAAGCCACAGGCCAAUUUGGAUCCCACCCGGAUGAUAAGUUUGAUCCAAAUGCUCUGCCAGUUAUUGAUCAUAUCUCCUUGAAAAAUAUUGUUGGCACAAACAUCACUGUUGCUGGAGACCUUGCUGGAAUUCAAGAGUCUCCCUUCACCUCAAUCUGUCUUUCCAAUAUCUCCUUAUCAAUCAUUUCUGACCCUGCCACUUCAUGGUUCUGUUCAGAUGUAUUGGGAUUUUCUGAGUCUGUUUUCCCAGAACCAUGUCCAGAUCUCCAGCUCUCGUAUUCAAAUUUUUCAUCAGCUUGCUUUUCCCUUGCUUCUUGUGAUGGUUAUGCUGCGGUCUUGUGAUUUUCACUUUACGCAUACUUCCUUCCAGCUCUUCUGUCCAUGAGAGAGAAACUACAAGCCCGUUCAGUUCCUUCUUGAAUUC